AAAUUAAAAGAAUUGAAAGAAACAGAUGGGAGGGCUCUUACGGUUUCAGAGAAGCAUUUCACUGCUUUGGAGAAGAAGAAUCCGAGCUAGAGAACCGUCUGCUUUGGUCUCCUCCACUUCGUUCUCUACUCACUACAACAAUGAAGAGGAAUAUGAUUUUCAAAGCAAUAGCACUGCUGCUGGUUCUUCUUCCAGGGUUCAAAUCUUCGACCGCGAACUCAAGCGCAAACAACGUGAUCGAGCUGCGUGGUUGAUGCGACCGAAUGAUUCUCUGGUGGAUGCUGUUACUGAAAAUUUAUUGGAUCGGUUGGAGGACUGUAAGAAAGCUUUUCCAACAGCUUUAUGUUUAGGGGGUUCUCUGGAACCUGUCAGACGCUUGUUACGUGGUCGUGGUUCCAUUGAGAAGCUUAUCAUGAUGGAUACUUCAUAUGAGAUGGUAAAAUUGUGUAAAGAUGCUCAACAAGAUUCUCCAAAUGGAAAUAUGGAGACAUCUUUUGUGGUGGGUGAUGAAGAGUUUUUGCCAAUGAAAGAAAGUUCGCUAGAUCUGGUAAUUAGUUGCAUGGGGCUUCAUUGGACAAAUGAUCUUCCUGGGGCCAUGAUACAGUGUAAAUUAGCUUUGAAGCCAGAUGGGUUAUUUUUGGCAGCUAUUCUUGGCGGAGAUACCUUGAAGGAACUGAGAAUUGCUUGCACUGUGGCUCAAAUGGAACGCGAAGGAGGUAUUAGUCCACGAGUAUCACCUUUGGCACAAGUUAGAGAUGCAGGCAAUCUUUUGACCAGGGCAGGCUUCACUCUUCCUGGGGUUGAUGUUGAUGAAUACACAGUCAAAUAUAAAAAUGCUUUGGAGCUGAUAGAGCAUCUACGUGCAAUGGGCGAAACUAAUGCCCUAAUGCAAAGGAGCAAUAUCCUUAGGAGAGAAACAGCCCUUGCGACUGCAGCAGUAUAUGAUUCGAUGUUCGCAGCUGAAGAUGGCACCAUCCCUGCGACCUUUCAGGUUAUUUACAUGACAGGUUGGAAAGAACAUGCAUCUCAGCAGAAGGCCAAAAUGAGGGGAUCUGCCACCGCCUCCUUCAAUGAUAUUCAGAAACAAUUUGGCAAUGACAGUUGUAGCUGAUGAUGCCAUUUCCUUCAAGGGCAUCGAGGAGCAAUUUAUAAGUUGAUAUCACUGUACUGUAUCCUUCCAGUGCAUCGGGGGAGCAAUUUGAAUCCGGAUGGCUCUCUAUUCCGUAUGUGCAAUAAUUGAUUGAAAGCAUGAGUGCCAAUACAAUGCUUCGCAAUGAACAAUAAAGGGUCGGGGGUGUGGGUGGGUGAAGUGGUUCAAUGUGUGUUUGCCACUUUGCAUGUUAUAUGAUACAAUUGAAUUUUGACAUUUCUUAAUUUAUAAUUUGUCUUCCUGACUUGAAAGCCCUAUUUGACUGUUGCAAACUGAUGAAAGCAUUAAAUAUUUAUUGAAGAAGACGAUUCUACA